AGGCUCCUUUAAAUUAGGGCCCAAGCGAUAGCAUCUUCGAAUUGUCCAGGGCCGGCGUUAAAACGCAACCCUUCUCUUCCUCAUAAAAACCUUACAAAAAUUACAAUUUUUUUUUCUUCUUCUUCUUCUUCUUCGCCGCUUUCUCACCCUCUCGAUUAAUUCAACACAAGUGUACGUUAACACAGUUCCUAGCUUCCUCUACUCGAUGGCGACUCGUCUUCAGUUUGAGAACAACUGUGAUGUUGGUGUCUUUUCCAAACUCACUAAUGCAUAUUGCUUAGUCGCUAUAGGAGGCUCCGAGAAUUUUUACAGUGCUUUUGAGGCGGAGUUAGCAGAUGUUAUCCCAAUUGUUAAGACCUCUAUUGGAGGAACAAGGAUUAUUGGGCGUCUCUGUGCUGGAAACAAGAAUGGGCUUCUUGUGCCUCAUACAACUACUGACCAAGAGCUUCAACACUUGAGGAACAGUCUACCUGAUCAAGUUGUUGUCCAGAGAAUCGAGGAACGUCUGUCUGCUCUUGGAAAUUGCAUUGCCUGCAAUGACCAUGUUGCUCUUGCUCACACUGAUCUUGACAAGGAAACUGAGGAAAUUAUAGCAGAUGUUCUUGGUGUUGAAGUUUUCCGUCAGACGAUUGCAGGCAACAUUCUUGUGGGCAGUUACUGUGCCUUAUCCAACAGAGGUGGAAUGGUCCAUCCCCACACCUCAGUGGAAGACUUGGACGAACUGUCAACACUUCUUCAAGUCCCUCUCGUUGCAGGAACCGUGAACCGUGGUUGUGAAGUUAUAGCUGCGGGUAUGACCGUUAAUGACUGGACGUCUUUCUGCGGUUCAGACACAACCGCAACAGAGCUCUCUGUUAUAGACAGCAUCUUCAAGCUAAGAGAAGCCCGACCCAGCUCUAUUGUCGAUGAGAUGAGGAAGUCUUUGAUCGAUACCUAUGUUUAAAUAUUGCUUGUUUGGAUGAAACACACGACAGUAUCCCCAAGCGUCAAUGUCGAAAAUUUUCAUUAUCUAUUGUGGUCUUUGUAGGCUCUGAAUAUCUCUUUACUGUUUCAAGAAUUAGUUUUUUUUUAUUUUCUCGUGUUUUAAGUAUUAACACUUUAACAGGUUAAUGUUUUUUUGAAUCUUUUUGAGUGAUCCAUAAAAGAAUCUCUUGAGAAAUUGAGGUCCACAUUUGCUUCAUAUUCUAGUGGAAAUGGAUAACGGUUUUGUU